AUGCGGAGUACGUUCGCACCGAACGAGUUUUGUGUGUUUUCUUUUAUCAAUCACUCAGGUAUAGAAAUGGCAUUCAACAUUGAGCACAUUUCGAUAAGAUUACGCGGAAUACUUGCUCGGAGCGCGCAAUUAGCUACAACAACGGUCAUACAGUCGCGAGGAGUACCGAGUAUGAAUAAGAAUUCGUUUGGAAGUUUGUACCGGCGGGGCGAGAGGCAAGGGGUGAGGGCGCGGGGUGCGGGCGGCGGGACGCGACCGGUUCCCGCGGCCAAUCCGCGCCGCGCUGGCGGGCGGCAGCUGUGCGCCUGCGCGGGACGGCGGCGUGUCGCGUCAUACCUGCCACCACACACCGUCGUAUUCCAC